CAAAUUUAAUGGGACUGCACCGAAUAAAUUGCUUAAAUGACUCAAUUGAAAAUGUGUCAAAUUCAAAUGACAUUCAUCUCAAGUAUCGAUCAAUUUGCAUUUUUCUGUUCAAGUUGUGCGCAUUUAUUUAAGCGGUGUCCACAGUGUGACUGGGUGUGUAUAUGAGUGUGUAAUGGUAUACACAAAGUGUCUACCUACCGGUUUCGAAAACCGUGCAUAAAUUCUGACAUCUUCAAAGACCAUUUGAUAUAGUACAAACGCGGUAUUUUGUUUUGUUGCUAACAUUUGCAAACACAAAUAGAUUUUUCUGUGACAAGAGUUCAAUAACAAGAAUAUCCAUAUCAAUUGACUCGAUGAAAUUGUAAAAAUUACGUGGAUUUCGACGAUUUUGUUCCCUAUUAUAAAUUUUUGGUGCUUUUAUUUAGGUUUAGGAUUUAGCAAAUAUCAACGUAGCUGACAAGAUGGGGGAUCAGCUUUUGACUGAAAUUCCCAGUGUUUUGAAGCAACUGGCCCGGUUCGUGGUGAGAGGAUUCUACUCAAUCGAAGAUGCCCUCAUUGUUGAUAUGCUUGUUCGAAAUCCAUGUAUGAAAGAAGAUGACAUCUGUGAUCUGUUGAACUUCGAUCGAAAGCAGUUGCGUGCCCGAAUCACCAUAUUGAAAAAUGACAAAUUGCUCCAAGGUCGAUUGAAAAUGGAAACUGGUCCCGAUGGCAAAGCGGCUAAAGUUACCUAUUACUUUAUCAAUUACAAAACACUGGUGAAUGUAGUGAAAUACAAAUUAGACUGGAUGCGAAAGCGUAUGGAGACGACUGAGCGUGAUGCGACUAGUCGAGCUAGUUUCAAGUGUGUGAAUUGCCAAAAAACAUUCACCGAUUUGGAAGCCGAUCAACUGUUUGAUCAAAUAACCUCAGAAUUUCGGUGCACCUACUGCAGCUGUUUGGUGGAAGAAGAUGCAUCGGCACUGCCACAAAAAGACUCACGGUUAAUGUUAGCUAGAUUUAAUGAGCAAAUGCAAUCGUUCUUUGAACUAUUGAAAACGGCCGAAAAUAUCAAAUUAGCGCCCGAAUGUCUCGAACCCGAACCGGUGGAUAUUGAAACGAUUCGCGGCAUGAACAAACGUUCGGACAAUCGAAAUGCGGCCAAUGGCAGUGAACCAUGGUCGGGAGAGGCAACACGAAACCAAGGCUUUGCCGUUGAAGAGACUCGUGUGGAUGUUACGAUUGGCGAUGCUAAUCCAAUGGAAAUGGUUAAAACGAAAGAACGGCCAAUUUGGAUGACCGAAAGUACAAUUGUCACGUCGGAGAAUGCCAACGAUACAUCUGACUCGGCGCUACAGCAAGCAGCGCAAAGUUCGUCACAAGUUAUCGCAUCAAGAGGACGCAAAGACAAUGAAGAUAUUAUGUCGGUGCUGCUGCAGCACGAAAAACAACCGGGCAAAGGGAAUACAAACGAUGCAGCCGUUCGAUCGUUGGCCGCUUCGACCAAUAACAGUGAUUCGAGUGAUGAUGAACAAGAAAUCGAAAACGCACAAAUUCCUGAUGUUGAUGUGAUCGAUACAGAGUCGGAUAGUGAUGAGCCAACCGUGUUUGUUGCUGGUAAACCGAUACCACUUGAUGAGGUGAAUGAUGAAAUCAUUGCCCAAAUGACGCCCCAAGAAAAAGAGACCUACAUCCAAGUUUUCCAAGAGAGCUACAGCCACAUGUACGAUUAAUUUUUUACGCAUAUUUUACGAUCCAUUUAUUAACCUAUCGAAACACAAAAUUGCUGUGUGAAUUGUUGUUCUCUCAUAAAAACUAUCAGUUCUAGUUGUAAAUGUAUAAAAAGAAGGAAGAAGAAAAUAAAACUGAAAAAUAGAUCGAUUUUUUAAACAAAUAUAAAAAAGAAGUAAUAAAAAAAAACGAAAUCGAGAUGGAACUCGAGCAUAUGGAAUUAUAAAUCAA